GCACAGACAGUGCUCUCUUGGUUAAAAGGGUUAAAAAUGGCUGAAUCUUCCCAUUCCCUUUAUUUUGAGGCUAGGCCUCUAACAGACAGAGAGAAGGAAAGGGUCAGGAGAUACUUUCAGAAAAGAAGAGACUCUGGGGGAGGUGAUUGUGGAGUUAUUGAAACGGUCGGAGAUAACAUCUAUAAAGUCAGCUUUAAUGAAAAAGAAGAUCAGGAAAGAGUUUUACAGAGAAAAACUCACAAAAUUAUCUUCCCUGGUGGAGAUCUACAUUUGACCGUGAAUCCUAGCAGUUCACCACAGACUCUGGAUAAGCCAUCGACAGCCAAUUUGCAGACAACUACUAAACUAAGCAAGAUAACUCUAGAGAAGAUUAUUAGAACAGAUAUUUUCCUCUUGUUCUACCUGAGAGACAAUCCUAAAGUUUACAAAGUGCUACAAAAGCAGCUCUCUGCAAUCGGCUGCACAGUACAGCUAGACUUCAAGAAAGAAGAGGCAGUAGUAAGGGGGGAUAUAGAGAAGUUGCUUCGAGGAGCUUUUGACGGUGCAGCAGAACACUGGGAACUCCAAGUGGAUAAGAUCUUCAUUAAUCUCAUUGAGAGCUACAGGAUCCAUCAUGUGCUUGAGCAGAACUAUGUCAAAAAGGUUCUGCAGGAUCCCUUCUUUGUCACCGAUGAUGUAAAGGUUUACUCAGAGAGUGGUUAUGCUGUGAUGGUUGGGGAAGCUAAGGUGGUAAAGGAGAAAAUUGCAGUUCUAGAGAAAAGCACACCAGUACGUAAGGAGCAGCGAGUUGUGGAGAAGCAUUUCAAACUUAUUGAAGAGGAUUUCAACAGAGAGAUGAGUACAUUUCACCCAGAGGUAAUAAUCCUCAGACGUGCUAACAUGGUCAUUUUAGAAGGGCCGGAAGAGAAAGUACAAUCUGGAUCAACUAAACUUUAUGAACUGAUAAUGAAGAUCCAAGAAAAGAAGGUGAAUCUUCCUGCAGAUUUAAUUGCCUUUAUGGCAAUCAGCAAUGCCAUCACCAAGUACCAAACUCAGUUUCAACAAAGUCUCAGAAGUCCAGUUUACUUUGAGGUGGGAUCAGAGCUGCUUCUUUCUAGUUUGUCUUCAGAUGCUCUAAAUGAAGCUGAGACAACACUGCUGAGAGAUUUAAAUGUAUCAAGUGUGAAUCUUCAGGGUGCUGUAGCCAAGCCUCCAGAUCUAGACCAACUAAAAGAAAUCCUUAUCAAAGCAAAGAAUGAAGCAAACCGUGGUGAGCAUAGAGUGGAAGUUAGCUUUGUCCCUGGAUACAGUGGUACUCCAUCAGUUAAAGUACAGCUGGUGGGCUACACUGAACAAGUGAACAAGCUUAAAGAGCUUCUCCAUGACUAUCAGGCGAAUCAAGUGUCAGUUCAAGAUGUCCUCAGCUUGCAGCGUCCUGAACUAGUUGAUUGCUUUGAUAAAAUCUUACGAAUACUUGGCAUAAAGUCAAAUGAUGUCACACUCUCAGCCACCCAUUUUCCAAACCCAUGUGUACUGUUGUCUGGUCCUCGUUUUCGGGUUCAGGAAACCAAGCAAGCUCUGGCCAGCAUAACAUUUGACACAUUAGUCCUGGAUGGUCCUGGAGCUCUGCGAUACUUCCAAGGAGAAGAGAAAGAAAGCAAGGAGCUGGUUGAAAGUUCAUGUCAGGUGAUUAUUUGGGAACAAGGAGAUAGCUCAACAGUCGUGCCAGCCAGACAACUAAGCCUCAGCAGCAUCAGCAGUAUCCCACAAAGACCCAACACGGUGGAACCUAAUGCGUACAGUGAUAUCAAUCUAGAAAUCAAGAUCUGCAGUUUAGAAGAUGAGCAGGUGAAUGUUUUGGUCGUCCCCACAUAUAAUAAAAACCUGUCUUCAACAAAUAUUGGGAAAUCUUUGCUAAAGAAAGGUGGAGACACAGUCAAAUCAAAGUUUGACAUAUUGGUAUUUUUAUCUGGCCUUGCCCCCGGCGAUGUUCUCAAGGUUGAUGCCAGCGCAUCUCUGGGGUGCUCCAAAAUAUUCUGCAUCGAGUGCCAAUCUUGGGACAGAGCUGGAGGAAUGAGUGAGAAGCUUCUUGCAAAGGGGUUAAAAAGAUGCUUGGAGCUCUGUGCAGAAAACGGCUUCAGUUCAGUAGCCAUACCGGUUAUCGGACCAGGUUUACUUCUAAAAUACCCCUUGAGUGAAGCAGUUCAAGUUCUGACAGAAAGCAUUCGGCAGUUUGCAUUGUCUGGACAUUGCAAAAAUGUCAACAGCAUCCACAUCGUUAUUAAACCUGGUUAUCGUGACUCAGAGAAGAACUACCAUGAAGUGUGCAAACAUCUCAACUUAAUUAUGAACCAGGGAGGCCGAGGUAAACCAGACUUUAUUGACAUCUCAUAUACUUUUUGGUCAGUCUUCCAACUGCAUAUGAUGGCUUCCUUCUUUUAGCACUCUUCAGGUCUCUCACCAGUGACCUUGAUGAUAUCAACAUUAUUUUAAAAGGCGGAACAAAACUUCAGUUAGUGUUUGGCGAUAUCACAAAUGAGACAACUGAUGCUGUAGUGAACACCACCAACUUCAAUGAUUUUCUCAAUGAGGGUGUUUGCAAAGAUAUUCUAACAGUAGCUGGAGCAGAUGUGGAAGCUAAGCUAAAAAGAGCAACAUUGAACCGAGGAGAGAUUUUUGUGACACAGCCUGGAAAGUUCCCCUGUAAAAAUCUUUUACAUGUAUGGGGAAAAAAAGAUGCUAGUCUGGUUGAAGAACUUGCAUGUAGCAUUAUUGAGUACUGUGAAAAACUUGGGUUUGCAUCUGUAGCAAUUCCUGCUAUCUGUGCCGGAGCGGGUGGGCUGGACCCUGCUGUCGUUGCUGGUGCAAUCCUACGAGGAAUUAACACUGCCACAUCCUCUAGUCCUGGCUGCACCCUCACCACCAUUCGUCUUGUCCUUAUUAAGAUCAAUGUCUUCUUGGCUUUUAAAGAAGAAGCAGCACAAAUUUUCCAGACUUUCGGAAGAAGAGAAUCACAAGUACAGUUGCCUCAGGUGCAACCAUGGGCACCUUCACCUCUGAGAGCAGACCAAAGCAUCCUUGAUAUCAGUACUGCGAGCCAGCAGUCUGUCUUCAUGUUCCUUGGUCAUAGCAGAAAGGAUGUUGAUGAUGCUAUGGAAAAAUUGAAAAAUCAGUAUAAGCUUCAAUGUUCGAAUCAUAUCUUUGCAAUAGAGCAGCUUCAGAGUCUCACAGAAGAUGAUAUUGUAGAUGUACAGCAAC